UUCCUUCCAUUCCCCUGGACGUUCUUUCCGCGUCCAACUCCUCCUCUCAGCUCAUCGUGAAGUGGAACCCGCCCUCCCUGCCCAACGGCAACCUCAGUUACUACAUCGUGAGAUGGCAGCGGCAACCUCAGGACAGCUACCUUUACCGGCAUAACUACUGCUCCAAAGACAAAAUCCCCAUCAGGAAGUAUGCCGACGGCACCAUCGACGUAGAAGAGGUGACGGAGAAUCCCAAGACCGAGGUGUGCGGCGGAGAGAAGGGGCCUUGCUGCGCCUGCCCCAAAACCGAGGCCGAGAAGCAGGCCGAGAAGGAGGAGGCCGAGUACCGCAAAGUCUUCGAGAACUUUCUGCACAACUCCAUCUUUGUGCCCAGACCUGAAAGGAAGCGGAGAGACGUCACACAAGUCACCAACACCACCAUGUCCAGCCGAAGCAGGAACACCACAGUGGCAGACACCUAUAAUAUCACAGACCCAGAAGAACUCGAGACAGAAUACCCUUUCUUUGAGAGCAGAGUGGAUAACAAGGAGAGAACUGUAAUCUCGAACCUCCGGCCUUUUACUUUGUACCGCAUUGACAUCCACAGCUGUAACCACGAGGCUGAGAAGCUGGGCUGCAGCGCCUCCAACUUUGUUUUUGCAAGAACCAUGCCUGCAGAAGGAGCAGAUGACAUUCCUGGGCCGGUGACCUGGGAGUCGAGGCCUGAAAACUCCAUCUUUCUAAAGUGGCCGGAACCUGAGAAUCCCAAUGGAUUGAUUCUAAUGUAUGAAAUAAAAUAUGGAUCACAGAUCGAGGAUCAGCGGGAAUGUGUAUCGAGACAGGAGUACAGGAAGUAUGGAGGUGCCAAGCUUAACCGGCUCAACCCCGGGAACUAUACGGCCCGGAUCCAGGCCACCUCUCUCUCUGGGAAUGGGUCCUGGACGGAUCCUGUGUUCUUCUACGUCCCAGCCAAAAUAACGUAUGAAAACUUCAUCCAUCUGAUCAUCGCUCUGCCCGUUGCUGUCCUGUUGAUAGUGGGAGGGCUGGUUAUAAUGCUGUAUGUCUUCCACAGGAAAAGAAAUAACAGCAGGCUGGGGAAUGGAGUGCUGUACGCUUCCGUGAACCCAGAGUACUUCAGCGCCGCCGACGUGUAUGUACCUGACGAGUGGGAAGUUGCUCGAGAGAAGAUCACCAUGAGCCGAGAGCUGGGGCAGGGCUCAUUUGGGAUGGUAUACGAAGGAGUUGCCAAAGGCGUGGUUAAAGAUGAGCCAGAAACCAGGGUGGCCAUUAAAACAGUGAACGAGGCCGCGAGCAUGCGUGAAAGGAUUGAAUUUCUUAAUGAGGCUUCAGUGAUGAAGGAGUUCAAUUGUCACCACGUGGUGCGGUUGCUGGGGGUAGUGUCCCAGGGCCAGCCGACGCUGGUCAUCAUGGAACUGAUGACACGGGGGGAUCUCAAAAGCUAUCUCAGGUCUCUGAGGCCAGAAAUAGAGAAUAAUCCAGUCCUAGCACCUCCAAGCCUAAGCAAGAUGAUCCAGAUGGCUGGGGAGAUUGCCGAUGGCAUGGCAUACCUCAACGCCAACAAGUUUGUCCACAGAGACCUUGCUGCCCGGAACUGCAUGGUGGCCGAAGAUUUCACGGUCAAAAUCGGAGAUUUCGGUAUGACGAGAGACAUCUACGAGACAGACUACUACCGGAAAGGAGGAAAGGGGUUGCUGCCUGUGCGCUGGAUGUCCCCCGAGUCUCUCAAGGAUGGAGUCUUCACUACUCACUCCGACGUCUGGUCCUUCGGCGUCGUGCUCUGGGAGAUCGCCACGCUGGCCGAGCAGCCCUACCAGGGCUUGUCCAACGAGCAAGUCCUUCGCUUCGUUAUGGAGGGCGGCCUUCUGGACAAGCCGGACAACUGCCCCGACAUGCUGUUUGAGCUGAUGCGCAUGUGCUGGCAGUACAACCCCAAGAUGAGACCCGCCUUCCUGGAGAUCAUCAGCAGCAUCAAGGACGAGAUGGAGCCCGGCUUCCGGGAGGUCUCCUUCUACUACAGCGAGGAGAACAAGCCGCCCGAGCCCGAGGAGCUGGACCUGGAGCCCGAGAACAUGGAGAGCGUCCCCCUGGACCCCUCCGCCUCCUCGUCCUCCCUGCCGCUGCCCGACAGACACUCAGGACACAAGGCCGAGAACGGCCCGGGCCCUGGCGUGCUGGUUCUCCGAGCCAGCUUCGAUGAGAGACAGCCUUACGCGCACAUGAACGGGGGACGCAAGAACGAGAGGGCCUUGCCCCUGCCCCAGUCUUCGACCUGCUGAUCCUUGGCUCCCGAUUCCCGUGCAGACAGUAACCCUCCUGUACCUCAGUGGAUCUUCAGGCCUGCCAAUGCUGCCCAUGGAAGACAGCUUGUCUGCAGUAAACACAUUUGGGGUGUUCCUUUUUCCAAUAUGCAAGCAGCUUUUUAUUUCCCUACCCAAACCCUUAACUGACACGGGCCUUUAAGAACCUUGAUGACAACACUUAAUAGCAACAGAACACUCGAGAAUCGAGAAUCGGAUCUCCUCACGCUUUCCCCGUCACUUCUCUCAGACCUGUCUCCCUCCCUUCCUCCCCCCCUCCCUUCCCCCCUCCCUCUCUCCCUCUUCUCUCUCUCACCUUUCUCUUUCUUUCUGCUUCCUAAUGGAAAAACCUUUGCCCGAGCCCAGCUGGGACGCCCUUUUGAUCAGAGUGAGGAACUGGCUGGCCCUCCCUGUGGCCCCACAUUGCCCCCAUAAACACCUGCCUGUCACCGUAGGUCUUUAUAAAAACAACAAAAACAAAAACCACGUUGAGACGGAAUUUUUUUAACUAUAUUUCACCUUUUUAGGGACAUAGAAAUUGAAAAAGGGCCAUCACUCAUUCAAGGUUGUUACCAUUUUAAUGCUGCCAAAUUCUGCCAAAACCCUCAACUUCCUCCCUCCUGAUCCCGGCACUUUUUUCCUUGUUUCCAGAGGCAUGGGGCGAGCAUGGUAUCUAGUCCCGCCAUUUAAGAGCCACGCUGAGGACGCACUCCAUCUGAUCACCCCUGGUGUUCUUUUCCAGCCUUACGUUCACACAGGUCUAGUUGCUUUUAAGUAGGUUAUUAUUUGGGGGAAGUGGACAGAAUGGGAUUUUUCUCUCAGUGGAGACUGGGAGAGGCUGAAUCCCCUCUUCCCCAGCCCCACCUGCUAGCCCCCAGGAAUUCUGGAGAAAACAGGCCCUGUCGAGAGCCUGGCAGGCAGGCUUUGAGGAGCGGUCGUCCACGUGCCAGUCUCCUGUUCCCCCAGCUCGCCCCCCGCCCCCGCCCCCGGCCCCCCAGGACACAGAUGGGAAGGGGUUUCCAGGGACUCAGCCCAACUGUUUAUGCAGGUUUGCAAGGAAAGAAAUUCAAACACCACCACAACAGUAAGAAGAAAAGCAGUAAAUGGAUUCAAGCAUCCUAAGCUUUGUUGACAUUUUCUCUGUUACUAGGACUUCUUCAUGGGUCUUACAGUUCUAUGUUAGACCAUGAAACAUUUGCAUACACAUCGUCUUUAAUGUCACUUUUAUAACUUUUUUACGGUUCAGAAAUUCACCUAUACGUCUGUACAGAAAAAAAAAGCUGCUAUUUUUUUUGUCCUUUAUCUUUGUGGAUUUAAUCUAUGAAAACCUUCAGGUCUACCCUUCUUCCCUUUCUGCUCGCUCCAAGAAACUUCUUAUGCUUUGUACUAGCGUGCGUGACUUUCUUCCUCUCUUCCCAGUAACUGAUACUUCUAUAACAUAAUUUGCCAUGAACUGUUUGAUGCCUUUUUAUAAAUACACCCUCCCCUCCCCGCUCCCCCUGCCCGUUAGUUACGUUCUAACCCGGAGGCUCUGUGGGCACGAGGCUGGCGAGGGCAGCAGGGGGCCACCCCCGGGGGGCAGGCCCUGGCAUGCCGGCACCCCACUCCUCAGCCUGCUCUCACACAGCGCUGGAGUCUGGUACAGUGCAAGACAUGAUACAAACUCAGGUCAGAAAAAGAGGUUAAAUAUUUCGCACAUCCUUGUUCAGUGUUUAUAGUCACCCUUGUUGGAAAGUCUCACCUCCUCUUUCCCUCACCUUUGUUUUGGUUGUGACACACAUAUAUCUAUUUUUUUAAUUCUUGGGUACAACAGCAGUUUUAACUGCAGAAACUAGGCAUUUGGAUUACUAUUUUUUUUAACGGAUAUUUAAUCCUUCCAUCCCAUGAGAAACAGCUGCUGAGUCCCAGGGUGCAGCAGAGUGGGGUCCAGUGGGCCCCUCUGUGGCUCCCGCCACCACCCUCCAGACCGACCUACCUGUCUUUAGAACCCGAAAAUCCCCAGGCACGUCCUGGUGCUGGCGGGGAGGGGGCCGCAGGGGCAGCCUCUUCGGGGCGGCGGCAAGCCCCCCGCCGGGUCUGCCGGCCUGAGGGCCCCGGUCGGGGCGAGCACGCUGCAGUGGCCGGGGAGCCCCGUACUCGCUCCCAGGGGACCAGAGCCCUGGCGCUGGCUCGCUUUUCCUUGGCCAGGAAUCCAAGUCCUCGGGGCCCGGGGGUCUUGUUUUGUUUAGUUUUUAGCACUUCUCACCAGAGUGAUGACAGCACACGAGUUGCUUCUGGGAUGGAAAUGUUUAAAUUAUGAGUAAGAACAAAGCUCAAAGAUGAUGAUUGCUAGUUGUGACUGGAGAUUAAAGACGAGAAAGCAAGUGCGUA